AUGCUCUAUAUAUACAUAAUUCCAAUGCGAUCAUCUCAACGUGUCCAUUUCCGGCAGAAAACAAUGGCUAAAUCCUACUUCCCUCUUAUCAUCAUUUCCAUUAUUCUCCUCCUCAAUCCUCCUCCUUCAAUCUUUUCAGCUAGAAUCAUAAACCAUCAAAAGGGUCUCGUGGAUUUUACGCCAAAGUCUCGUGAAUCGCCAGCAAAGAAGUUGAUCAGAGAGUUGAAUUUGUUUCCACAACAUGAUGCUAACAUUGUUCCAAAUAAUCAUCAAUCGGUUCUUGUGGACAGUGAAACAGGAAUCACUGAAAAAUGUUUGGAGCUUGAUAUUCUAGGUGAUCCUCAGCCAACUCCAAAUGACUUGGGUCACCAUGCUGGUUACUUUAGCCUUCCACAAACUGUUGGAGCAAGGAUGUUCUAUUUCUUCUUCGAAUCAAGAGGAAACAAUAACACAGACCCUGUUGUCAUCUGGUUAACUGGAGGACCAGGUUGUGGCAGUGAAUUAGCUUUGUUUUAUGAAAAUGGCCCUUUUCAUAUCACAAAAGAUCUCUCCCUUGUCUGGAAUAACUUUGGCUGGGACACGGUAUCGAACAUUAUCUAUGUCGACCAACCAACAGGAACUGGAUUCAGUUACAGCUCUAGUGACGAUGAUCUUCGCCACGAUGAAAAGGGUGUCAGCAAUGACCUAUACAACUUUCUGCAGGCCUUCUUCAAAUUGCACCCCGAGUAUGCAAAGAAUGACUUUUACAUCACCGGAGAGUCAUACGCCGGGCAUUACAUCCCGGCACUCGCAGGUAGAAUCAACCAGGGAAACCAAAAAAAGGAAGGAAUUACUAUAAACUUGAAGGGUUUCGCCAUUGGUAAUGGGCUAACAAAUCCAGCAAUUCAGUACGAAUAUUUAACUCAAUUUGCUUUGGACAACAAAUUGAUCAGUCAGUCAGACUACAAAGGCUUCAACAGUUCUGUGGCAGAGUUGGAACAGGCAAUACAAGCUUGCGACUCUGAUGGUGGAGACAAUUGUGACAAUGCAUUUUACCUUGGCAAUGAUCUCUUCCAGAGUAUUUUGGAUAUUGCUGGUGAUAUAAAUUACUAUGAUAUCCGGAAGAAAUGUGUGGGUAGUUUGUGCUACGAUUUCUCAAAUCUGGAGACCUUCCUCAACGAAGACACCGUAAAGGAAGCUCUGGGAGUUGGGAACAUUGACUAUGUUUCAUGUAGUUCAACAGUGUACGAUCAGAUGAUUGAUGACUGGAUGCAAAAUCUUGAAGUAGGUAUUCCAGCACUCCUGGAAGAGGGAGUUAAGGUUCUUAUAUAUGCUGGAGAGUAUGAUCUCAUUUGCAACUGGCUAGGAAACUCAAAAUGGGUUAAUGCAAUGGUUUGGUCUGGUCAGAAAGACUUUGUAGCAGCUCCGACAGUUCAAUUCAGUGUUAAUGGCACAGCAGCAGGGCAGCAGAAGAGCCACGGACCUCUUACUUUUCUUAAGGUGCUGAAUGCCGGACACUUGGUUCCCAUGGAUCAGCCACAAGCAUCCCUAGUAAUGCUUCAGAAGUGGAUGCAAGGAACUCUUUGA